AGAUGGCUACCAAAACCGAUAGACAAACAUUGAGGUGUGCAGUUCUCCAAAGCCGGCAAAUAAACUAACAAAAUGGCUGAUAAAAAGACAGGUGGCAACAACGAUGGCAAAGAGAAGCGCCGCAAGGAGUCCAUUUUGGAUCUAUCCAAAUAUCUGGAGAAGCAAAUACGCGUCAAAUUUGCUGGAGGCCGCGAGGCGUCCGGAAUACUCAAAGGUUACGAUGCGCUGCUCAAUCUAGUGUUGGACAACACCGUGGAGUAUUUGCGGGACUCCGACGAGCCCUACAAACUCACCGAGGAUUCCACACGCAGUCUCGGCCUGGUUGUGUGUCGCGGCACUGCAUUGGUCCUGAUUUGUCCGCAGGACGGUGUCGAAAGCAUUGCGAAUCCUUUUAUAACGCAGUCAAUUGGCUAGGUUAAGGUAAAAAAGCAACAUACGCAUAGAAACUCCCAUUAAUUGAAGAUAAUGUAUAGUAUAUAUAUAUAUUAUAAAUACAAUUUAAAACUAAACAAUA